AUGGCCGUCGACGUUGAAGAGCUGAUUAUCACGCCGUUUCGGGAGGUUGUGGAAAGGGCGAGGGAAGCCAUCGCCAAUGCUGAGGCUGCACAAGAUGAUAACCCAGACCUAUCCAAGGAGAUGAUGAAGUCUGCCCAAGUCAUUUCAAAAGAAGGAGAGAGGGCAUUGAAGCGCCUGCAGCCGCUAUGGGACAGCCAGGUUGAAAAGCACGGUGAUUCGUUCAAGGAUAUGAUCAGCGAAAACGAUGACCUUUCAGAAAAGCGAAGAGUAAUGGAAGGGCUCUUGUACGAUUUCGAAGACUUUAUUGAGGCAGACACCUUUGAGGCAUCCAAGUUCGCGGAGCUCCAGGCCGCUACGAGGUCAUUUGCUUUGGACCUGUUGGACAUCAUCAAAAGAAUGAAGAUCGAAACCAAGACGCCAACGAGUCCGGUACAUGCGUUCCCGCCUCUUCCUCCUUUACCACCUUUACCUCCCAAUCUUCAAACAUCAAAGUUGAUCACCCAACCGAGCGUUGCGCCUCCCUCCCGUAGCGGAAGCCAAGGCAACGUCAACUUCUCACUAUUUCCUGCCGCUGGUCGCCAGCAAAAGCCGCAAACGUUGCAUAGGAGUGGUACAAGAGGUUCGCACGGCUCGUCGGACAGCACAAAUCUUCGUCGAACCCCGUCAUCGGCCAAGUCUGUAGCGUCUGAUGCGAGAUCGUCUCGUCACAUUUACGAGGCCACGUUGGCACAUGUUGUGCCUGCUCGCCGGGAAGAGCGGCGAGCUUCGACCCCUGAUGUUCUUGGCGAUGAAGGGGAGCAACUCAAAAUCUCCUCGCCAGUCGAGCCACCGCAACACUGGACUUCCGAAUGGGUUGAAGAGCAAACUUCGGCGCCCAAAACUCGACGCCCGGUUCGAGAGAGCAUCCCGGAGAACUCGGCCGUGACAAAUCAUGUACCUCCCGACAGUGGUUUGGUCAGCCGUUUCAGUCGCCUCGGCCUUGAGAAUCCUACACCACAAAGCUCGGUUUUCGACCCAACCAGCCCCUCAACGACAAAUAGAACAUCAGUCUAUUCAGAGUCUCCGGCCCACUCGUCCUCCAACGGUCCGUCUCCAAGGAUGCCGACGAGUGAGGUACGAACAACAACACUUACGGCGUUCCAAUUCGAGCCCACGCCACCCCUUCCGCCACCUGGGCACUUCAGCGAUGGCUUGAUGCUAGCUGACGAGCAAACGGUGUCCGACACCAGCACUCAGCAUUUGAGAACAGCAUCGUCAGCAAAAGGCUUUUGCGACGGUGCUCAAGCCUUUCGACGCGGUGGCUACUGGGACGGCCUCAAGCAGACGAUGGCAUAUGUGAGCGGCACUUCGAAUCAAACUCCGUGGUUCGGCGCAGCAUCGUCCCUCGACAUGGUAACGCUGAUGGAAAACCAGGGCGAACCGCUCCCAAUUGGGCGUUGCCUGCAUUGCGAGUAUUAUCAUGUCUACAACGAACUCACACUAGAUAAGGAAGGUGAUUCUCGAGCGAACUUCUUGAAGUUCGGACUGCUGUACCGCAUGAGAUUUCUGAUCAAGUCACAUAUUCCUGCCAAAACGACAUCGGAGAUUCGCUAUGCUUGUUUGUUUUGCACCCAUACUGGCCACACGGUUCACGAAGGGGAUGCCACGGUGUUCCUCACCGCCGAUCAGCUACUCAGACAUCUCUCCCGACAUCCACAGCCCUUGCCAGAAGUCCCCGGCGUGACAGUUCUCUAUGGCAAAGUCGACAGAGACCACCACCAAAUCGAAGAUUACGAUGUUCACUUUCCGUCACCACCGGCACCGAGCCCCUUUCCCGAUGCGGACUCACUUUUCCAGCUCCCCACUGCUGUGGCUCUGAAAAGUCAUGUCCAGCGCUGGGGAGAGGUUUUGGCAGACCCUGAUGGCAGUGCGGACGUUCUGAAGUUCAUGGCUGGCGCGAAGAUAGUUGGGAUCGAGUUUCCUGGCAAAUGGGGCGGCAAGUGGUGUACAGGUUGGCAUGACGGCGUUAAAGGACCUUUUCCUGCGAAGUACGUCGAGAUCGAAGGUCCGAAACAAAACGAAAUCUCGUUACAGACAACGAGCGCAGUAUCUCUGACAACCAGGUGGAAAUGGGAUCCCCCAGAUAGCGCCCGGACAGGGUGGCUCACAUUCGGCAAGAACGAAACCAUCAAGAAUGUCGGGUGUAGGUCCCCUUUCCGCUCAAGUCGGGAAGCCGAAUCGUAA